AUGUCGAGGCAGAAGAAGCAUCGUGACUCAGCUGCACCCCGCGGAUCCACCUACAUUGACGGACAAUUGAUUCACAUGGCAACUCAGCAGAAAUUGUUUUUCCAGACACAUGUGUGUACCAUCAAUCGAGAGACCCUAAAGCCCGGAGUGCCGUUCAGAAGAGCCGAUGCAGAGCGCUUUAUGGAAAAGAAUUUGAAAAAGCGUCAAGCUCACGGGAUUGGGAACAUCUUGGAAGACCGCUUCACAAUUGAGAAGCAUAAAUCAGGGGGAAAAGAUCCGUUUCGUUCAUGGGUCGGAUACAACGAAAUCGUGGCUAUACAAAGAAGCAAGUCAAAGGCGGAGUUUUUUGUUUUAAGCGUGGACUCAAAAAGUGGGCAGAAUUACUACGAAGUGUACAAGUGUAAAACCAAAGAGGAUGCAUACAAAUUUGAAAGCUACAUUAAACAGGCAAUGGAAGAUGCUGAACACCGCGUUCGAGAUGGACCGGCAAUUGCUGUAGUUUCGGUGGUCGAAGACCCUGACUUGCGGAGAUCAAUGGUACACAUAGAUUUUCAAACAAGCCAGGACUCGCUGGAUGAAGAUUAUCGAACGAGCACAGUGUUCCAAAACACAAGCCCAACACCCCCGGCGGGGUAUAGUACACCACCGAAGGCUAGGACUCCUAGUCCUGUUCCAGUACCUCAAGUGGUCUACCAACCGACAGUUCGCGCAGAAGCACCUCGUCCACCCUCACCUAGACGAUCUCCAUCUCCUAGACCUACCAAGACUAUCAACGGCUUGAAUGACGUCACAUAUAUCAAAUACGACCCCAGAACCCACUAUCCGCGCGCCAGUCUUGAUGGCCCAAUCUAUAUGUACCUUCAGCGACACGAAAACAAAUACAAGUCAGACCAAAGAAGAUACAACUCGACAGAUUUGAGUUAUGGUACGUACCAAGAUGGAUAUUCUACAGCUCAAUAUAGAUAUUAA